AGUCAUUCAGAUAUAGGUACAUGUUGCUAGCCUGGUCCUAAAGAGGAGGAUGUCACGAAAGAAAGGGCUGAGCCUGGAAGAGAAGCGAGAACGGAUGGUUACCCUACUCCAGGAGAAGCAAGACUUCUUCCAGUUGAAGGAAUUGGAGAAGCUAGCGCCAAAGGAGAAAGGGAUUAUUGCACAGUCAGUGAAGGAUGUCAUCCAGUCUCUUGUUGAUGAUGGUCUUGUUGAAUCAGACAAAAUUGGCACUUCUGUGUACUUUUGGUCCUUCCCAACGAAAGCAGCCAAUACGAAGAAGCGGAAGCUGGAAGAUGUGACCAACAGUCUGGCAGAUAUCCAACAGAAGAGACAGAAACUCAAGGAUGUGCUUGAUCAGGCCAAGGUACAUGUUGCUAGCCUGGUCCUAAAGAGGAGGAUGUCACGAAAGAAAGGGCUGAGCCUGGAAGAGAAGCGAGAACGGAUGGUUACCCUACUCCAGGAGAAGCAAGACUUCUUCCAGUUGAAGGAAUUGGAGAAGCUAGCGCCAAAGGAGAAAGGGAUUAUUGCACAGUCAGUGAAGGAUGUCAUCCAGUCUCUUGUUGAUGAUGGUCUUGUUGAAUCAGACAAAAUUGGCACUUCUGUGUACUUUUGGUCCUUCCCAACGUAUGGAGUGCCUCCCUUUCCUCUUUCUAUUUUUGUACUGGCAGAUGAUGUGAUCAUCUUCUAUUCCUGGGAAGUACAGGUGGCAAGAGAGGCAGCAAACCGUUGGCUGGACAACAUCCUCUCGGUGAAGUCCUGGUGCAGGAAUCGCUUCAACAUCGAUGAAGCCGUCCUCAACAAGCAGUUUGGUAUCCCUGAAGACAUGGACUACCUUGACACUUGA